AUGGGGCUCGGACUUUCUAGCCUGAUUGUGGCAGCUUUAUCGCUGUUGGCCAUCAGCAUUACGCUUGCAACUCACAACACUCGACCAUUGCCGGAAUGGCCUUUUGGCAUCUCCAUCAAUGUGCUUGUAUCUAUCUUCUCAGUAAUCUUCAAGGCAGCAGUAUCAGUCUGCAUCGCUGAGGCUCCUGGUCAACUGAAGUGGUCAUGGUUUCAGAAGCCACGGCCACUUGCCAACCUUGUCAUCUUCGAUGAUGCAUGUCGCGGAGCUUGGGGUUCGGUAAAGUUGAUUGGGAGUCUGCAUAGUACAGGUCUAGCAUCGCUUGGGGCCGCAUUAACCAUCCUGGCUCUUGUAAGCGAUCCUUUCAUCCAGCAGGUGGGAAGAUACGAUCCCUGCGUCCGUGCUGCGGAAAAGGGAUUGGCUUCUGUGGCUCGCACGAACAACUACACCGUCACCGGUAUGCAUAACGGAGCGGGCACGGAGACUCUGGAUUUGUCGAUGCAGGCCGCCAUAAUCAAAGGCAUGUACAAGUCUUUCAGUCCGAUCACACUCACAUGCAGUACCGGUAACUGCACGUUCCCGGAAUACCGCACCUUGGGCGUAUGUGGGGGUUGUGUCAAUGCUACGAAUAAGAUUGAAUACGGUUGCACAAAAUACAGCGUCAACAACUUCACUUCUGAAGAUUGCAUUUGGCAACUCCCCUCAGGGCUCAACAUCUCCAGGGAGCCACCCAUAGUCAUGGUCAUAGACACCGUCUCCUUCUCAAGUGCGGAUGCUGAUCCCUCUGAAAUAUUGAACACGGCUGAGAUGCUUUUCUACACUCAAAGUUCCGGAUAUAGUACCAGCAACGACUCUGUUGGUGAAACGAGCGUGCCGUACACGAAUGUGAUGGCGCUCCGGUGCUCACUCUGGCCUUGCGUACGAACCUAUCGAGGACGGGUUGACCAAGGCGAGACCACUGAACAGCUGAUCUCGACGCACAACAUGACGCGGAACAUGUCGCUUCUUGCCUACGAUAUGACCCUCGGCUUCGUGGCGACGCCAAUGCCCUGCCUCAUCAACGGGUCAUACUUUGCAGCUUCGUCUUUGGCCAAUCAGAGCAUCGCCGUCUUAUCCGGAUCCGUGGACAAAUAUCAAUUUAACCUCACUGACCCACUGCCGCUCGACUGCUAUUUCAAUUACGCCGAUCCGCUUGGCCUGGUCCAAUUCCUCGACCGUUUCCUUGUGGGCUCCGCAGCCCGGUCCGAUUACUCUGACGACGAGGACCCGACGUGGAUGGGCCUGCUUUGGAACGACGGCAACGCAUCCUUGCAGACAAUGAACACUGCGUGGGGCGACCUGGCUGAGCCCAUGACUAUCCAGAUACGCCAGACAGGCGACCCCAGCAACAGUGCGCCGACCGUCGGCCAAGCCUUGCAGACAGAGACCUGGACUGUGGUGUUACUCAUUGCCACACUCGUCAUUACCGAGAAAUGCAGCGGCCCAAACUGGCUGUGGUCGGCGAGUCCGCUCGCUUUGCUGUUCCAUGGCUUGGAUGAUGAUUCAAGAGACCGCGGUCGAAGCCUCAAUGAUUUGGGCGAGAUGAAGCGCUUGGCAGGAGGUCUGUAUGCAAAAGUUGUAGACGACGGCACUGGCGCCGGCUUUGUGGGACACUCGGGCUGGUAA